GUCAAAGAUUUCCCAGAAACCAGGUAUGUGGUCAAAAGUUGCCCCAGCCGUUCUCACUGACAUAUCAGUCCCAAUGAAAAUAAAACGGACACCCUCUCACGAAGAUUGGCGGAAAUAUAUGUAAAAGUUCGGUGUCCCUAGACGAGCGCUGAACGUUCCAGCGCUCGGUCGACCGGUCAGGAUCAGUGCUUCUAUGAUGCGGCUGAAACCUGUGCACAGAACUUUAUUACUAAAGUGCAAGCGCUUGCUGGAGAUGCGCUUAUCAUCUAUCUGUCAUCUGUCAUUUAGGGGGAACGCUUUUUGUAUUUGCUUAUUCGACGUAUCACUUGCACUCACACUCGUCCAAGGCAAAUAAUAAUGCCACCACACGAUGUUAAUUUCAAAACUUCGCUCAAAGAGAUUCCAGGGGCUACUAGUACAUUUCUAUUGUGUUAUUACAAGGUGCGCGCGUUGUAUCUGUGUAGGAUAAACUGCGCUGUACUGUGUACAUGCAUGGCUUAUUAUAAUUUAUGUGUCUGCACCACGAUAGGCCUUCAAGCCUUCACUACAGCUUCGAACUAGUGAGAUCUCGAGAAUGGCUAAAUAUGUAGAAACACGCGUUACGUGAAGCACAGCAGCAGUUCCCUGUAUUCAGCGAUAAACUCGUGUUGUUCGACGGUCCUUGUGGUAUAUGUUUAGUAGCUUUCGUCGAUUAUGAUCUUGCCUGACUUUGUACAGGACACAUGCAUGUAGUACCUACUUGAAUAUUGUGGUUGAUCAAGCCG